AUGGCUACUGAAACCAUAUCCAUUGAGAAAAAUCAAUCACGGGUGGACGAAAUCGCCCUUUCAAUCUCUCCAGCCUCCAUCACAGCCGGAAGCGAAGCUAAUGCUAUGGAGGCUUUCAAGCCCAAUUACCGAUUCUGGCUUGUGUUUCUUGCUUUCGCUGUUCUCACAUUGAUGGUUGCCAUCGACUCGACCUCGCUAUCCGUGGCACUCUCUAUCAUUGCCCAAAAGCUCCACGGCACGGCCAUCGAAGCCUUCUGGGCAGGCACAUCCUUCCUGUUGGCCAGUACUGUAUUCCAACCGAGCUUUGCUUCUUUCAGUCACAUCUUUGGACGCCGACCCUUAGUGUAUACUUCGUUAAUUCUUUUCCUACUUGGCACCCUCAUCGGUGCCACUGCCAAGGACUUCACGCUCCUUCUGGUCGGGAGAUCAGUGCAAGGUGUAGGAGGCGGAGGUAUAGUCUCCUUGACAGAUAUCAUCAUUACCGACCUCGUUCCUCUGCGUCUUAGGGGUAACUAUGUUGGAAUCAUCUCAAGUCAAUGGGCCAUCGGCUCCGUAAUGGGACCUGUGAUCGGGGGCGCUUUCGCUCAAAAAGGGUUUUGGCGAGGUAUCUUUUACCUGAAUCUCCCUUUCAUAAUAGUAGGCUGGGUCAUGGUCUUUCUGUUCUUAGAACUCAACAUCAUCUCCUCACCACUGGCCUCAAAACUUCGUCGGGUCGACUUCAUCGGCACUCUCCUCUUUGUGGGUGGCACAACAUCCUUCCUUCUCGGCCUUUCUUGGGGUGGUGUCUUACACCCUUGGACUUCCGCACAAACGCUUGUUCCAAUCUUCGCCGGAGUGGCUUCAAUCAUGUCGUUCGUCAUCUAUGAAGCAAAGCUUGCCAGAGAGCCACUCAUCCCAUUAUCUCUAUUUGAUACCACAACGGCCAAUGUUGCAUACCUCAUCGAUGCCUUGCACGGCUGUAUACUCUGGUGCUUACUCUACUAUCUACCCCUCUACUUUGAGGCCGUUCAGGGAUACCGCCCCAUCAUUGCAGGUGUGGCACUCUUCCCAGAAACCUUCACGGUUGCGCCACUCGCCAUCAUCACAGGCUGUUUGGUUAGCAAAACAGGGAAAUACCGGUGGGCAAUUCUAUCUGGAUUCGCCUUGACAACAGUUGGAGUCUUCCUCAACUUGCGUCUCGAUAUCAACACCAGCAUACCUGCAUGGAUAUUCCUGACCACGGUCUCUGGUAUAGGACUGGGCAUGCUAUUCGGCAGCAUGGAAUUUGCAGUCCAAGCCGCCAGUUCUGACGAGGACCAAGCAUUUGCCGUUGCCACCUUCUCUUUUUUCCGCACCUUCGGCCAAGCAAUAGGUGUGGCGGUGGGAGGAGUGGUAUUCCAGAAUCAAAUGAUGAAGAACCUGCGAGGAAGCAAAUAUUUUGCCGCAGACGCUCGCGAGCUAGCCAAAGAUGCAGCAGCCUUGGUCCAGUUGAUCAAAGACACUGCCGACACCGAGCAAAAGCUGGAACUACGUCUGGCGUAUAUGAGAUCCUUGAGGACGAUUUUCAUCGUGCUGGGUGCCAUUUCCUUCAUAUCCUUCUUGCUGUCCUUCUUCAUCAGAGAUUAUGAUAUGGAUCGUGCUCUCACGGGCCACCAAGGCUUCAAAGAGAAGCUGAGCCCUCAAGAUGAGGAACAAACAAUCAUGGUGGCGAACGAGCAAAUACCAAAUAUCUAG